CCCCCCAAAAUAAGAAAAAUGGCUUCACUGUUCGUUCGUCCGCAGAGGGUGAGAGAUAUUUUCAGGUAAACCAAAAUUCUCGAGAAACUCUAAAAUUACAGAAUACAAUUUUCAUUGUUUUCUCCAUGUUUUUCUCUUACAGUAACCAUUGAAUAUUCAUCAAUCAUUUCCUUUCCUUUUAAUAAUCAAUUCCCAUUUUUUUCAAACUUCACACAAAUCCGUCAACCCCUUUUCUCUUCCCUAACAAAACAAAAAAUUAACACCAACCCAGAAAAAAUCUCAAAAAAAAAAAAAAAAGAAUUUUCCAAAAAUCAACCUUCCAUUUACAUUUUACGUUUAGAAAACCACCAUUCCGGUGAUGAUGUUUCCCGGUACUUGCUGACGUGCGCCGUUUCAGAAGUUCCAGUGGGCUCGGGUCAAAAAACCGAAACUUUUUUAGAAAUUAUCUGAGCCGUCCACGUGGAGGUUCUAGAUUGUUUGAGGCCGUUAGGAUGGAGACAGAAACAAAGGGGGUGGGGCCCAGGAAGAUGAAUUGGGGUACGUGGGAAGAGCUAAUACUUGGUAGCGCUGUUCGCCGGCAUGGGACCAGAGACUGGAACGUCGUCGCAUCGGAGCUCCGUGCUCGGACUUUAUAUCCUCCCUGCUUUACCCCUGAGUGCUUGGUUUGAAGAGUUGCGGAAGCGACGAGUCGAAGAAUUGAAGCGGGAAUUGGUGAGAUCUGAGAGCUCCAUUGGGUCUCUUGAGUCCAAAAUUGAAAGGCUAAAGGCUGAGAGAGAGCGAUCUGGUCAGAUAGACCAUGGUUUGAGUCACACUGAAUCUCCUGCUCCUCUGACAAAAUCAGAAGAUAUCGAGUCUUCUGUGAAGGAAGAAGCAAAGGAUGGGUUAUCUGCUGGCAGCUUCACUCUUGAUAUUAGAACAAAUGGGUCCCCGGAGUCUCAGGUUCCCACCAUACCCUCAGCUACAGAGACAGUUGUAAAGCUAGAACUUUCAGAGUCUUGGGGACGGGACAAAGCUCCAAGUACAAGCAAGGUUCCAGAGGCUGCCAAUGGAAAUGGAGGGGCUGUGAGGAAGAGAAGAGGUAAGAGGAAAAGAAAAGACACCGUUUGGGAUGCCAAAGAAGGGAACAUUGAGGACAGUGACAAUGUAUGUUCAACGAGUCACGCCUCCACUUCUCACUGUAAAGAAGUACUAACCAGUUGUGAUCAGAGUAUUAGACGUUCUGCUGUAAGCGAUCAUAGAGUAGGUUUAUCUAGGUUUAGGAAUGAUGACUUGAUGAGGAUUUUCAAUUCUAUUACAAAACACGAAGCUGCUAUGGUCUUCAGGCAUCGUCUUGAUAGUCAGAAGAGAGCAAGAUACAAGAAAAUGAUAAGGCGUCAUAUGGAUAUCGAAACAGCAAGAUCAAGAUUAGCCAAUUGGUCCAUCAAAACACCAGGUGAACUCUUCAGAGAUUUCCUUUUACUAGCCAACAAUGCCAUGGUAUUUUACUCGAAGAGAACGAGAGAAUACAAAGCAGCAAUAGCCCUAAGAGACAUUGUCACUAGAGCAUAUCGGGAACAUUACAAAGGCUCUUACCACAAAGCUACAUCAUCCCUCCUUCCAUUGCCAGUAAUUGGUAAUCCACCUGGGAAGCCACGAAGUGUUCGCCCUCGUCCUUCUAAAGACAAACUUCAAGCCAAAUAUGGCAACAAUGUCUUUGCUGGGACACUAGGAAGACAGAAUCAUAAACCAGGUGAUGUUGAUUGUAAGGUACCAUUGCAAUCUGUCUUAUCAGCUAAGAAGGGCUUCAAGAGGCCUGGAAAAAUCAAGAGUGGAUCGACUAUCGAGAUUGUCAAUCCACAAACUAAAGUACAAGCUAAGGAAUCCUUACAGCAUAAUAUUAAGGUUAAAAAGGACCAUCGAGUUAAGCCUGUAACCAGGAAGAGGACUCGGCAAAAGUGAUUUGUUGAUUCCAUGAUCCUUUGAUUACUUCAGCUUCCCCUCUUUUUUGGUAUAGAAAUUCUCUGUGUAUCAUAUUUCAAAUUUGUGUUGCCAUUUUGCACUUGGCGAAGAUCUUGAUAGAGGAGAAAUACAGGUGUAAUACAAUACUAAUUAAGUUGUCGAUAAUCAGUUUCAAAUUUGUUUCCUAUAAAUGUGUAACGUGCCCAAAGUGAUGUGAUCUUCACAUUUUAGGCCAAAAUGGAUGUGAACAGAACAUCUACCAAAGCCUUUUGCAAUUAAGAUAAUUUUACUUUGUCUUA